AUGCCUAAUCUAUCAGGACAUUUUAAAUAUCCUAGCAUCAAUAAUAUUCCGGGUGUUGUUGAAAAUAUAGAUGAUGGUCAAUCAGAUAUUCUUUUCUACAACGAGCCUGAUGAUGAUGAUAAUAUAGUUGUCAACGACGUUUUAUUUAAUGAUUUUCAUCCUGCUGAUAAUAAUCAUUACAAUGUUAUUCUAAACGAUAUUCUUGUUGACGACUUUCUUCUUGGUCCUGAUGUUAUCGACGAUAAUCUUCUUAAUGAUUUUCUACAACAGACAAUUGAUUUCAAUGGUGUUAUUUCUACUUAUGAUCUUACUGGUGAACUUGAACUUGAACUUAAUAAUGAUUAUACAAAUAAUAAUACCUUCAACGAUUCUUUUCAUGUUGAUUUUUUUGAUAGCAAAAAUCAUAUGAAUGAUGGUGUUAUUGAUCAAAAUGUUGAUAUUCAAUUUAUCAGUAAUAAUGAUUGUACCAAUAAUACUACUUUCAAUGAUUCUCUUCAUACUGAUUUUAUUGAGAUUCAAAAUGAUACGAAUGAUGCUGUUAUUGAUAAUAAUAUUGAUACUAAAUUAAUAAUUAAUAAUGAUUAUAUAAAUAAUAAUAAUACUUUCCACGAUUCUCUUCAUAUGGAUUUCUUUGGUAGUGAAAAUCAUAUGAAUAAUGGUGCUAUUGAUAAAAAUGUUGAUGUUAAGUUUACCAGUAAUAAUGAUUGUACAAAUGAUAUUACCUCCAAUGAUACUUUUCAUAUUUGUUUUAUUGAGAGUAGAUAUCAUAUGAAUGAUCUUAUCAUUGAUCCAAGUAUUGAUCAAAUAUUCAUAAUUAAUAAUGAUGAUAUAAGUCAUACUACUUUCAAUGAAUCUCUUCAUAUGGAUUUAAUUGAGAGUACAAAUCAUAUAAAUGAUUUUAUUAUUGAUACAAGUAUUGGUCAUAAAUUUAUAAUUAAUAAUGAUGGUGCAAAUAAUAUUAAUCUCAAUGAUGGUGCAAAUAAUAUUAAUCUCAAUGAUGGUGCAAAUAAUAUUAAUCUCAAUGAUUCUCUUCAUAUUGAUUUUAUUGAGAGUACAAAUCGUAUGAAUGAUGUUAUUAUUAAUACAAGUAUUGGUCAUAAAUUUAUAAUUAAUAAUGAUAGUGCAAAUAAUAUUAAUCUCAAUGAUUUUCUUCAUAUUGAUUUUAUUGAGAGUACAAAUCGUAUGAAUGAUGCUGUUAUUGAUCAAAAUGUCGAUACUACAUUUAUUAUUAAUAAUGAUUGUCCAAAUGAUACUACUUUCAAUAAUUUUCUUCAUAUUGAUUUUAUUGUGAGUACAAAUCGUAUGAAUGAUGCUGUUAUUGAUAUACAUAUUGGUCUUAAAUUAAUAAUUAAUAAUGAUUGUACAAAUGAUACUACUUUCAAUGAUUCUGUCUAG